AGCGACAAAUGGUACCAGAAUUGGAACUGGAAUUGGACCUUAUGGGAUGACUAUUUCCAAGUAGAAACCUUCUUAGUAGCCAUUUUUACGUGGAUUACCUUAUGCAUUUUUCUGAUAGAAACACCAGUUGGAGAACACUACCAGUUUCUGUUCAAUAUAAACUUUGACAUGGAAUCAUUUGACAGAACCAUUGAAUCGAUUCAACUGAUUUUACGCACACUAUCCGUAUCGCUUUCUAAAUCUCAAUUAAAGCAGAUUUUAAUGGAUAUCAAUCACAAUUGGUUUAGUUAUACUACAAACCAAUUUUCAAGAUCUUUCAACAAUGGAGUAAUAAUCAAUUGGAAUUACAAACAAGGUCCCAAUAUAAUUUUAAGUUUGUUGCAAGUUUUUAGUGAUGAGGCAAAUUACGCUUUUAAUGAGCCGUUCAGCAGCAAGUAUCUUGAAACAAUUAAACAAAUGUGCGAUGAUCCUUAUAAGUUUAAUUUAAGCAAAUUGUCCCAUUAUGAUGUAUGUCAAUUACAUAAGAUCAACAGUGAAGGAACUUUAAUCUAUCAUUUUGGAACAAUUUAUCGCUACUUGGUGUUCAUCCUAUUGGGAAUAUUGAUGUUUGAACAAAUGGUGGCUAUCUUUAAGUUUCCCAUCAGUGAAGUUGUAUUCAUCAAGAAAAUUGUCUUGGGAGUUAUUCAGUCAGUGUUACUCUUUUUUUAUUACAAAUGGAAUGUAAUGAAUGCUCUACUUCAGGAUUUCUUAAAGAUAAAUACAAUUGGAAUUUUACAAAUGAAUCAUGGGAUAUUCAUAUUAGCUAUUGUUUGCUUGCAACUAACUACCUAUUGGGUUUUCCAGAGUGAGUUGAUCAGAUUGAGAAAUACUCAAAAGGAAUUUCCUGUAUCUGCUAAUAUUAGAGCCUUGCAAAUCUGGGGAUUGUGUGCUUUCGCAGUUUGUGGAGUAGUACCUUUAAUAGUCUUAAUUUUUAUAUAUUAAAUGGACUUAUAACCAAGAUGUGCUCUAUUGUUACUUCUUUUUUUUUGCCACAAAGCUAACCCUUCUUCUAACCUGAUUGACCCCUAAGAUAUGGUUCUACAAAUAUUUAUUCCAUCGUUAGUUAAUCUAAUAACUCUAUAACACACACUGUAUUGUAUUACACAUAUGCUGACCAACCAGCGUACAUCUGUGCUAAAGUUUCCAAAGAUGUAGCUUCCUGGAUUAAAACAUCAACCUGACCAUGAAUAUUCAUUGGUAAUCCAUCAUUACCUGUCAACCCCCUAAUCUUUCUUCUAACUUUACUUAAAUGAAUACCUGGUUUUUGACCAUUUUUCCAAUCUAAUAAAGGAUCAUAUAAUAAAGUUUCCAAGAUAUUCAUCAAUGGUGGCUCAUGUUGUCUCAAUAAUUUAGCAGUUACUUCACAUGAAAUCCUAAAGUUUCCUUCUAUCCCACAUAUACCCAUCGCAUCAAUAACAUUUUGAGUCAAUCUAAAUGGUACUAAUUCCGGACAUGGUAAUGUUUUACCCUUUUCGAAUAAGCAAUCAAAAUCAAUAUGUAAAACAGCCCCGGUCUUUUUGAAUAACAAUAUAUUUUCACAAUGUCUAUCACCUAAACCAAUAAUAUAUCCUACCAUUGACAUAACUGCUGUUGAUCGAGUGAAUGAGUUUCUUGAAAUAUACCAGGAUGUUGGGUCAGUAAAAUUUUCAAUAAACCAAUUAUGCAAUACUGGUGGAUGAUCCUUGACUAUAUGAGUAAAAGUGGAAACUAAAUCAUGCAUUGCUUUAUUACUAGUGUCACUACUCCUCUUACUUGCCUUUACUAAUCUUUGAGCCUCGUCAAUCUUCAUAAAUACUUUACGUUCUUGUAAAUGUUUACCCAUUCGUUUCAUCUGUUCAUGAUAAACAGCCUUUAUAGUCUGCACAUCAUUAACAAACUCGAUAACCCCAAUGUUUUCAGCUAGUGGGAUGACGCAAUAAUUAGGAAUACUCAAUCUUCUCUUCCUUGCUUCGUUACUUGAAAGUAAAAUCCUAUUAACCAUGGUGGUGAAUUCCACUACCUUUGCAUCUUUUCGUGUAUCAUCUGAUUUAACCAUUAGUUUAUAAGAAUUUGAAUCUGAACCUCUAAUUGUAAUUUGUCUUG